AUGAAGCGCCUCUUCUUUUGUUUGGCCAUACUGGCAUCAAGCGUCCGCGCCAUCGCGAUCAACAUGGCCCAUGCCCGACGCUUCGAGGAGACGGGCACCGCCAGCACAACCAUUACUAAACGUCAGGAUGACUGGGACGUUGAGCGCAACGAGCUGACUAGUGUCGCCGGCGUUGGUUGCAAACCUAUCACCGUCAUUUUUGCGAGAGGUACGAUCGAGCUUGGCAACGUUGGCGAAUUGGUUGGCCCGCCCUUCUUCAACGAUCUCGACGACUUAAUCGGAGCAGACAACAUCGCCGUGCAAGGAGUAGAUUAUGCUGCUACCAUUGCGGGUUAUCUGAUUGGCGGUGAUCCUGGAGGAGCGCAAACAACUGCAGAUCUGCUGAACCAAGCAGCGAGCAACUGUCCGGAUACGCAAAUCGUAUUGAGCGGGUAUAGCCAAGGGGCAAUGGAGGUUCAUUUAGGAGAAGCUAUGGUGAGCGAGGAGGUAGCGGCGCAAAUUGCGGCUGUGGUGGUGUUUGGAGAUCCAUUCAAAGGACGUCCCUUCCCGAACGUGGAUUCAAGCAAAGUCAUGACUUACUGCUUCAACGAUGAUUUCAUCUGCGACGAUCUUCCUGUUGUCGACACUUAUCACCUUGAGUACGUUGUCGAUACUCCUGCAGCGGCGACGUUCGUACAAGGUCUUGUCAGCUAUUGA